AAAUAUUCAAUUUCAGCAGACGUUUAUCAAAUAUUUGAUGUACUAUUUUACACCAAAACUGUCAAAGUAAACAAGGGAAGUUUUCUUCUUCUCAUUCAUUAUUCUUCUUCUUCCUUGAAACGCUUCCAACGGGUCUUAAGUGUUUUACUGUGUUUGGAUCUAAGCCGUCACUGUAACGUUUAAAUCUCUCCGUUCCAAACUGAUCGAGUUUCUUUCUCUCAUCAAUCCAUCACCCACCCUUCUGUUUUUGUUUAUAUCUUUGUCGCCGUUUGAAUUUUCACAAGCCAUGUAUCUCCAAGACCGUUAUGGUAACAGUAAUCAAGAGUUUCCAUCACAAAGAGAUGUCAAUUACAGAUGUGGUUCUUGUGGUUAUGAACUGAACCUACGGUCCUCCGACCGGAACACCUCAGCAAUUGGGUCGAAGUAUGGAAAAUCCAUGAAAAGAGGAAUCAUUUCGUUUUUCUCAAUCGAUGAGAGCAGAUUCACCCAGAUGGAUGAGUUUACAUGUGUACCUGAUUUUAUUUCCAAAAAUUCGUUGGGAUUGUUAAAGAGAAGAACUAAGCUCCUUUGUCGUAAGUGUGGGAAUUAUGUGGGUAAUGCCUAUGAAGAGAGUGCUCCUCGGAAUCAUCAAGAAUCUGAUGGCUCGGAUACAGGUUCAGGUUCAGCCCCUGGAAUUUCAAUUAGGAGGAAGUAUAAUGUUAAAAUUCGUGCCCUACAACCCUCCUCUUCAGAAGAAGAAUCCGGUAUUCCACUUGUUUUAUGAUACAAUUCAGUUGGUUUCCCUGUUGAUUGUAUCCUGUUCGUUUUAAUGCACGACUGCAACAACUGGACAAGCAUGUGAAGAGUGUAGAAAGAUUAGGUAAGUUGUUACUGGCACUUAUUAUAAUUGUGCAAAGACCAGUUUUGGCUGUUUUAGGGUAUUCAUCUGGUGGUGGGAUUCGCUCAUUAGAUGAAAUCAAUUUGAUUGUCAGCUUUGGACUUGUGAUGGUGAUUUGAUUGACGAAUAUUGUAUACUAGCUUGAAUAAUUAUCGCCAAUAAGAGCUGUUCUAUAGCAUCAACAAGCAGUCAAGAACUAAAGCAAGCACUCGAAGAGUCCACUACAUAUUGGUUGUAGUCAUUCAAUUUAAAUUAUUUGUGUGUAACCUAUGUCUCAAAACAUUUCUGAGUAUAAGUUUUGUUCCCUUUUAACAGUGAUCACAUAAUAUAUUGUAUACUUUAGACAGUAUUGAAAACAACGUCUUUCUCAGUU